AUGUCCGCAACAGUGCAAGACGGCUAUCGCUGGGCGCGUGUUACGCCUGAUGACCACAGUGGGAUCCUAUAUAUUGUCACAUUCCUCGCCUUCACUUAUACCAGCCUUACAUUUUUCACGCGGAUAUUCAUCAGAUGGCGCAUGCUGGGACUGGACGACGCAGCGAUGCUGAUUGCGCAGAUCACCAACGUUAUUCAGUUCUCGCUACUUCUUGCUUCUCUGUCAGCUGGGCUGGCACGAUCAUUUGAGUCCCUUACCGACGAACAAUACUCAUGGAUGGUCUCUACCUAUUCCCGCGGUCAAGUCUUUAUCUACAUAUCUCUCGGCUUCUCAAAGACUGCCUUGAUAUUGCUGGUAAGACGCCUCUUCAUACGUGACAUGAAGCACGCUUGGGCAGUGUGUAAUGUGGCCACCGUGGUCAUCGUAACGUGGACACUUGUAUCUGCAGUGCUAGUCUCAGCUAGCUGCGCAAGUGAGAGCUUAUCGCCAAGGAAACCCUCUGAUAUCUGCCAUGGCAUCGAAAUUCGCUAUUUGGUCGUCGUAAUCACUGACGGAAUAACCGACUUAAUGCUGGCCUUCAUACCCACAUACCUGUGUCGCCGUCUUCAAAUGAACAUUGUGUUCAAGCUGCAGGUACUGGGAGUUUUUGCGCUACGGCUGCCCCUUGUUAUGCUUGCUGGGUUAUUCUACAAAACUUGGAAAAGCUCGUUACAUGUCGAAAACCCCGGUGUCGAGCGCACAACAGCGUUGAUUUGUCAGCAAUCGCAGCUCUGCUUCUCGCUGAUAGCCGCGACGAUACCGUGUCUGAAGUCGUUCAUCCAGAGCUUUGAUACCGGCAGCGGUCAGAAAGCAGGCUUUGGAUACUCUUCCGAUCCUGGCGCUUAUGGGCACAUGUCGAGUGUGCAUCAUAGUACUGCGCAGUCCGAUCACGGCGAAAGCUACCCGAUGUCCCGGCUUGAUCGUGGUCAAAACGGUACAUCACGACUGCGAGCAGGCGCCAGCGAAGGCGCAGUCAGGGUCAAUAGGAAGCCAUCCAUUGCGGAACGCAGUUUUGGCACAGAUGAUGGGAUCGGGGAGCUGGAGCGUAGGAGUACGCAAGAAUCCGACCGGAAGAGUCAGCACAGCACUCAAGAGCUUUUUAUUCGGAAGGACGUGCAGUUUGAAGUCAAGCGUGAACCUGUAAAGAAGGGAAUUGAUACACAUCGGCCAGGGCUACUUCGCCUGCCUAAGUAG